UAUGGACCUACUUCUACCCGAUGGCAUUCUUGCUGGUCACUCAUAGCCGCCAUAACUGUGUGAAAAGGCUUGAUUGACUUGUGUGCAAAACGACAGAAGACUACUCGAGCUGGGGGAGACCAAAAAACGUGGUGAAAAGAGCAUGAAGAAGAAACUGGACGGAUCCCGAGUUCGCAACGCCGAGGAAACCAACGCAAGGGGUCCGAUCAACCGUCCCGUCCCCCCCUUGUCGGUAUCCUCUGCGCCCGAGUUCCCGGUACCACAUCCAUUUUGGUCCUGCAUCGGCCGCCUCCGAGAGAGAGAAGGGGAGGAAAAUAACCAAUGCAGCCAGCCAGACAGCCUAAACCCCCCGCCCCCGGGCCCCCGGGUCCAAUGGAGUCUGGGUGUUCGCCAGAAGAAGAAGAGGAAGAAGGUGAGAGCGCGAUAACCAACCCUUGUCACCGUCACCACACACCCACCCCCUUCCCCCCUUUUUCCGCAUGUGACACUCCACCGGACCACAAGCCCAUGAGCCAUCCAUCCAUCAUCACCAUCGUUCCCAUCGUUACGGCUUCAUGACCCACACGGUUGCCCCCCUCCCC